AUGGUAUCAGGCAAUGGUUUUGAUGCCCACCAUGGUAUGUUUAGCAGGAUAGACCAGCACUUUUCAAGAGAAUUGUCCCCUCCUCCUUCCUCGGGAGUAGGGUCACCCAGCAACAUGCACCAACAUCACUAUGUUCACCACAGGGCAGAGAUUAACUGUAGACAAAACCCCCCCAUGCCAACGCAAAGCACUACCCUCUCAAGCCAGCUGGAAGAGAUUAAUACCAAAGAUGUUGCCCAAAGAAUUAUUGCAGAACUGAAGAGAUACAGCAUCCCACAAGCUAUUUUUGCAGAGAGGGUUCUGUGUAGGUCACAAGGGACUCUUUCUGACCUUCUAAGAAACCCUAAGCCCUGGAGCAAGCUAAAAUCGGGAAGAGAGACCUUCAAGAGGAUGUGGCGGUGGCUUCAGGAGCCUGAAUUCCAGAGAAUGGCAGCUUUAAGGUUAGAAGCUUGCAAAAGGAAAGAGCAAGAGCAAAGCAAAGCCGAAAGAAACCACGUGCCUAAGCGGCACCGCCUGGUCUUCACCGACAUUCAACGACGCACUCUGCAUGCCAUUUUUCACGAGAACCAGCGGCCCUCCAAGGAGCUGCAGAUCACCAUUGCACAGCAGCUGGGCCUAGAACUCUCCACCGUUAGCAACUUCUUCAUGAACGCACGAAGGAGAAGCCUAGACAAGUGGAUGGACGAGGGUCAUGGGCGCCCACCUUCCUCCUCCGGCUCUUUAACCUCCAAAGGUGGCUCAGCCAUUGCUUGCACCAAAGCAUGA